CAACGUCGGACACGCCCCCUGAAUCAGCUUAUCCAACUGGCCAAAUGUCGUGUGUGCAUUGGGUAGUUAGUUGUUCGUGACGGGACUAAGGUGCAGGUGUAAAUGAGCACCGUAAGACUAUAUAGUUUUACUGCCUUUUGGAAACCUGAAGUAAUCCGUGGAACUUUUGUAUUUUGAUGUUUGACCUGAGUGAUCAAUUAAUCACCAUGGGAUUGUGGUCCAUCAGCAUUGGAGCCUUUGGAGCAGCAGUGGCUGGAAUCCUGUUCGCCAACACAGACUUUUUUCUCUCACAAACUGAAAAGGCCACCAUAGAGUACUUAGAAGAAACAGAAUUAAAGACCAUUGGAGAAGAACCAAGAUCGUUUAAGGCAAAGGAUUUGUGGGAGAGAACUGGUGCGGUGAUUAUGGCAGUUCGUAGACCUGGAUGCUUUUUAUGCCGAGAGGAAGCUUCAGGGUUGUCUUCUCUUAAACCUCAACUUGAUCAGCUAGGUAUUCCAUUGUAUGCUGUAGUAAAAGAGAACAUUGGCAAUGAAGUUGAACAUUUUCAACCCUACUUCAAAGGUGAAAUAUUUCUUGAUGCAAAGGGUCAAUUUUAUGGUCCUCAAAAACGUAAGAUGAUGCUUUUGGGUCUGGUACGACUUGGUGUGUGGCAGAACUUCCGGCGUGCUUGGAAGGGGGGCUUUGAAGGAAAUUUGGAGGGGGAAGGACUAAUACUUGGAGGCAUGUUUGUGAUUGGAUGUGAAAAACAGGGCAUUCUUCUUGAGCACCGGGAGAAGGAAUUUGGAGAUAAAGCAAAUCUGACUGCUGUCCUUGAUGCUGCUAGAAAAAUAAGCAAACAAAAAGCACAAAAUGGAAAUUAAACUUGCAAAACUACUAGACCUUUAAUUUAUGUAAUACCAGUAUCAGAAUUCUCUUUCCUUGAAUUCUCCAUACAUUAACUCAUGAGUGCAUAUUAUUUAUUUGCAGUGCCUUUGUAAGUUGUAUAAUGUUUUAACUUGACAUAUUACUAUGCCUUAUGUUUUAACAUUUAAUACUCUCAAAUGAAAAGUUCAAGCAGUGUGAUACAGACUAUUUAUGUUUGUACUGUAGGUGCUUAAUAACAGGGAUACAAAAUAAUUUGAUUUUGGAUUGAGAGAUCGUGUCUAGAUGUUAAUAUUUCAUAGUAGUUGAAUGGGAAUGGAAUAAAAUCUACUGUAUAUGUAGUUUUUCGGAAUAUGGAGAAUGGUACUUUUCUAUGAACUCCAUAUUUUCUGUUCACAAGAACCUUAUGUAGUUUGUCAAAAACGUGGUGUGUUAGUAUAAGAAUCCCUACCGUGUACACAAAUCAGUUCUUCCUAGCUUGAUUGAUAAUCUGAAUAAGCUCCAAUCAAAUAUCCAUCGAGAAUUAUUUCAUUUUAUCCCUAUAAGUGGACCAAUGUUCUGCAAAAUCAGUCAAGACUGACCCAUUCUGUACCGGAUAUUUGCCAGUGUAUGGGCAUCUUAACUUUAAGAUUACUCCACAUUUCCAAAUUAAUCACAAAACAAGAACAAGAUGUUCUUAGUCAAAAUAAGAAGCUGAGUCCCCUUGUAAAUCUGCAUUACCUUGACUACAUUGACUUAAGAUUCUAUACCAUGAAUGACCAAAUAUAUGCUGGAUGGGAGUUUUUUUUAAUAUUAUGAAUACAUUUAAAAAAGAUUACUCAGACCCACACCCAACCGCUGGGACACAGUCUUGACUAUAAUUGCUUAUUUUUUUCUAUAAUUGAUUUGUUUUUGUUUAUUCUGUAUGUGUUGUCCUUCUACCGAACCAAUUGUUAUAACCAGGUUGACAAAUAACCUUGUUGGAAAAUUUUAAAGCACGGUUGCUAUUGUUUGCCAUUGCAGAAGUUGGCCUAGUUUGCACAGCCUCUGGCAUGAAACUUUAAGCAUGGAGACAGUGUUUUGCAGAUUUACAGUCAUUAUGUUGUUAAUAUAUGCUGUAUACCAUCUCUGAUGAUUAGUAACACUGUGAUUCAUUGCUAUGGGACGCUUACAAAUCUAAUUUUACCUGGAAUGCAAAGACAAUAAAGCUUCCUUCUCUUCCA